GCAUUAAUACAAUAUGCUGGCCGACAUCUUUAACUGGUCGCUACUUUCUUGAUCGUUAGCGGUUUUUCAAACAUAUUUCGGUUUUAUGAAACUUAAAUCAGGGUAAGACUCUAGCUUUAAAUUAAAUGAUUAAGAAUUUCUUUAAAUUAAGCUUGCUUGUUGUUGCGAUUGCAGCUUAAGCCAUAUCUAGGAAGAGUUUUACAAAACAAUGGCCUCGCCAACCUCAUGCACCACUAAAGGAAAGAAGAAAUUACCGCUAGCAUCUACCUAUGUUAGUCCUAACGCUCUUCUACCUAUGCCUCGAGCUGAGGACGCUAAAGACUCCAAACAACUUGAGGAAGAGAUGUUUAAAAACAGAAAUAACACAGAAAGGGACGGUGACUUUAGCAGCGAAGAACGAGAAGAAAUGGCGAGCGUGGCGGAAGGAAUAUACGCUUCUUCCGACGUGUCUAAAGUGCUGGGAACCCUUUUGGGUCGCUUUGUUCGUGCCUAUACAAGUGAUAACUGCAUAUACGAAGGCGUUUUGGAGACUCUCUCACCUGAGGGUAAAGUUGUCCUGAAAGUCCCACAUAGACUGGAUCAGGAUGAAGAGUCUAAACCUUGUGGCAGUUAUGGUGUUCAUAGUAAUCGCAUUAGCUCCGAAAUAAUAUUCGCUCGUAAAGACGUUAUAUCUUUGGAGGCUAUAGAUAAUGACUUGGAACAGAAAAAUGAAAUUCGUCCUCUAAUGGUGGAGAGUUUCCAAACUGACCAAGAAAUACAUCAGUCCUAUAAUGGACAAACUGAAGAACGUCAAUUUGUCGACUAUUUUGAUGGAGAGGAGGAAAUAGGAGAUGAUAUGACAUUAGAAAAUACUAAAAGCACUGGAUGGAACCCCGACGAUAUGUUCCAGACGAAUAGUAAAUUGUUUAAUGUUGGUUCGACUUUCGACCCGUCUAUGUUAGCUUAUACAACGGAACUUGUAAAAGACGAAAGCGAGGAAGGUCUGGAACUUCAGGCUAAAGCCGAAAAAAUUGCGAAAGAAAUUGAAAAUACGAAACAAAGCGACAUUAAUGGUAAAAGUGCCGCCGACGACGACGAUGGUGAAGAGGAAGCCAAAUAUAGUGCUGUUCAUCGUCCUCAACCAGAUAGAUAUCUUCCGCCUCAUCGCAGACAGAGUUCAAAUACUUCGAAAAAAGCGAAAGGAAGCACAAGUGGAGAAGAAAAGCCGACUUCGACUCCCGAAAGAGCUUCAACAGAGGAGCCACCUCUGAAAGCGACAAAUAAUAAGACAGUUGAAGAGAAGCGAAAGGAUACCAAACGUUCAGCACCAGCGUCGAAGGAGGACACAAUAAAGGAUCUUAAGAUUUUCCAAGACAAACUCAAUAUACCCCAUUUAUCUAAGGAAAGCGAAGAGCGCAGCAGCAACACAAAACCUUCAAAGUCACCUUCUCCAACAAACGGUGCUACUACCUCUACAACUUCUACGUCUUCCACUGGUGCUACGAAACAAACGACCGUCCAAACUUUUAAGCUGAAUCCUAAUGCGAAAGAUUUUGUUCCAAGAGGUUCGGCCGCAACGACGGUUAAUACUGCUCAUCAGAACACUUACGUUCAACAACAGCAACCUCCUCCUCCUCCUCCUCAUCAAGCUCAGAGGCAACAACAAAUUAUUAUGCCUCAACAUUUCUCUCAAACUUCACCAGUUUACGCUCAUGCGCCAGUAAUGCAGCCGUUUCAACCAAUCACGGCACAAACCCCUCAUCAAGUUCAAAACCGGUAUCCUCAACAAAACCAACCGAAAAGAGCUACCGUGUCCAUUCAAGGAAAUGGAGCAACACCCAAUGCAAACAACUUACGGCCUCCAACGGCACAACCAAAUGUAUCCGUUCAACAGACUCCUACUGCUGCAGCUGUAGUAAGCAACACUGAUUCUUUGCCUGGUUCUUUAACAGGACCACCGAUUGUACAAAUGCAUCAGAAUGCUCAGUACUAUACGCAAUGGCAAAACAACCCAACCAAUGUUGUACCGAUGCCUCCCGCCCAUAUGGCUCCUCAUCAGCAUCAGAGUACUCUACUGCCACCAAGUCAAUCAAUUCAACAUCCCAACGUUGUCAUGUUACCAUACGGAACGACUGUUACUUGUGCUCAAGCAUCUCCGCCUCAUUAUACUUACCCAACGUCCACACCGCAGGCGCCGCAUCUCUAUGUGCAUUACCCCGCCGCUGCAGCUGCUGCGGCCGCGCCACCUGCUGUAAAUAUACAACUCCCUAAUGCGGCUGGACCUAACGCGGCCUCCCAAACUCUGAAUACUAUGGUACCUUAUCAGAUGCAGAAUUAUUCAGCCAUGGCCAGCAGUUACCAUGCUCAGCAGUAA